GUGAACUUUUAAAUAUUUUGUAUAGGUAAAAAUACAUGAUGAAGAAGGGGAUAAUUGAAGGAAGGGGAGAAAGCUUAAAAUGAGUAAAAGAGUAAAAAUAUAUUCUACUUGUUGUUGGCUUGAUCCUGUGAACGGUAUGGGAAUAUGAAUUUAAAUUAUUGUUCAACAGUAUGCCACGCGAUCUCCUUGCGACCAUAUCGACCUUAAAUUUAAUAAAAUACAUUUUUUUUUUUUUUUCAAUAAAUGAUUUUUCGUUUUAAAUGUUUGUGAAAUUAUUAAAUAAUAUUAAAUACUCAGUGAAAAACAAAAAUUUAAAAAUUAAAUUUUAUUUUUAAAUUUAACUUUUUUAUAAUUCAAUUUAUAAUUUAAAUGGUGAAUUUAAUUUGUGCUGAAUUUAAAAAUAAUCAGGUCAUUAUUGUUUAAAAAUAAACAAAUAUUACAAUAGGUUUAUAAUAUAAAAAUUGUAAAAAAAUAAAGAGGAGCAAAAAUGCUGCCUCAACCAGAAGCAAUUGUCGUUAAAAAUGCCAAAAAAAGAUAUGGUAAUGGACCAAUGAUUCUCAACAAUCUUGAUAUGAAUAUCACCAGAGGAACAAUUUAUGGUCUUUUGGGUGCUAGUGGCUCUGGAAAAUCAACAUUACUAUCUUGUAUUGUUGGAAUUUGUAAAUUAGAUGCUGGUAAAGUUUGGGUACUUGGUGGACAACCAGGAACAAUAAAUUCAUCAGUACCAGGACCAAAAAUUGGCUAUAUGCCACAGGAUAUAUCAUUGGUACAAGAAUUUUCAACACUUGAUGCACUUUAUUAUUUUGGUCGUAUAAAUGGUAUGAAAGAUUGUGAUAUUAAAGAAAAAUAUAUAUUUUUAUCAAAUCUACUUCAAUUACCACCAAAAAAUAGAUUGAUUAAACAAAUGUCAGGUGGACAACAAAGAAGAAUAUCAUUUGCAUGUGCAUUAUUACAUGAACCAGAAUUAUUGAUACUUGAUGAACCAACUGUUGGAUUAGAUCCAGUUAUACGUGAUAAAAUAUGGCAAUUUUUAGUUAAUUUAACUAAAACAAAUGGUACAACAAUUGUAAUAACAACUCAUUAUAUUGAAGAAGCUAAACAAUCUGAUAUUAUUGGUUUAUUAAGAAAUGGUAAAUUAUUAUCUGAAACAUCACCUGAUGAAUUAUUAGAAAAAUGUCAUUGUGAAUCAUUAGAAGAAGCAUUUUUAAUGCUUAGUCAAAAACAAAAUACACAUCAAAUUGAUGAACAAAAUGAACAAAAAGAUGAAGAAAUUGAUGAACAACUUGAUGAAAUAUUAGAAAUAAAUAAAUUUGAUGAAAAUUGUAAUUUAUCAAGUACAGAAAAUUUUGAAAAAACCGAAAAAAUAGAAUCAUCAAAUAAUAAAAAAACAAAUAUAUCAAAAUUUAAAAAAAAUAUAAAAAUAAAUAGAAGAUUUGAAGCAUUAAUGAUUAAAAAUUUUUAUCAACUUAUACGUCAUCCUGGAAGUAUAUUAUUUGCAAUUGUAUUUCCAAUUGUACAAGUAUAUCUAUUUUUUACAGCAAUUGGAAAUGAUCCAAGGGGUCUUAAAAUUGGUAUUGUUAAUAAUGAAGCUGGUAAUUGUAAUAACAGCAUGAAUAAUGGUAAAAUAAUAUAUUCAUCAUCAAAUAAUUAUGAUGAUUAUAAUACAUGUACUUAUAUUGAUUUAAGUUGUCGUUUUAUAAAUUCAUUUACACCUGAAAUUGCUGAUGCUGUUUAUUACAAUGAUAUAAAUACAGCAAUUGAUUCAGUUAAACAUGGUAAUAUUAUGGGUGUUAUAUUUUUUAGUGAUAAUUUUUCAUCAUCAUUUUAUAAUAGAACAAAUGACAUCAUUUUAAAUGAUGAUGAUAAAAAUAUUAUUGAUGGUAAUAUUCAAGUAUCAUUGGAUAUGUCAAAUCAACAAAUUGGUUUAUAUCUUGAAAAAAAGCUAUAUGAAGUUUUUUAUAAAACAUUUGAUAGUAUUAUGAUUGAGUGUCAUAAAUCAGUUAAAUUAGCACAUAUACCAAUGCGUUUCGAAAAGCCAAUAUUUGGCUCAAAUAAUCAAAAAUAUUCAUCAACAAUGGCACCUGGUUUUUUAUUAACAUCAGCAUUUUUUUUAGCAACAUCUGUUGCAUCAUCAAUUAUAAUAUCUGAUCGUCAUGAAGGUAUUUGGAAUCGUAGUUUAACACAAGGUGUUAAAACAUCAGAAAUAUUAAUUGCACAUAUUAUGACACAAUUAAUUGUUAUUAUAAUACAAGUUACAUUAACAUUAUCAAUGACAUUUUUAAAAUUUGAUCUUGAAUGUCGUGGUUCAAUGAUAACUGUUGUUUCAUUAGUUAUGAUUAGUGGUAUUUGUGGUAUGUCAUAUGGUUUUUUAAUAUCAAUAUUAUGCACAUCACAUACAAUUGCUAAUUUUAUAACAACUGGAAGUUUUUAUCCAGUUAUUUUACUAUGUGGAUGUAUUUGGCCAAUUGAAGCUAUGCCAAUGUUAUUACAAUGGUUUAGUUUAUUACUUCCAACAACAAUUCCUUCUUCAUCAUUAAAAAAUAUUCUUGAUAGAGGAUAUACUUUUUAUGAUCCACAAGUUUAUCAAGGAUUUUUUGUUAUGUCUGGAUGGACAGCUGCACUUGUUUUAUUUUGUUUUUUUGGGCUUAGGGCAAAAAGUUUGUAAAUUGCUUUACAAAUAUUUAUUUAAUAUUAUUCAUUUUUUUUUUUUCUUUUUUGUAAAAUAAUUAAAUUAUUGGUUUGUUUAUUUUUAAAUUAUUAUUCUAACUAUUUCUAGUUUUUUUUUUCUUUCAUUUUAUAAGUAUGUAUUAUAUUUUGUUUUUUUUUUGUAUUGUUUAAUAUUUAAUGGGCUUAUUAGAAUUGUUCAUUUUUGUGUAUUAAAAAAAAAAGAAAAACAAAUUUUAUGAAUAAAAAAGUAAAGUAACAAUGUAACUUUGAAUAAUAUUUUUUUCUAGUCAGCCCAAGUAGAAGAGGGAAUUUUCUAACGUUUUCAUUAAGUGUAUCAUAUAAUGUAUAAUAAAAAUAAUGUAAAAUGAUUUGUGUGAAUAAAAUAUUUUGAAUGUAAUUUCUGUAUUAAUUUCGAAGAAUAAAACAAAAUUGUCAAGCUAUUUUUUAAUUAAUAAAAAUCACUUAUCAUUUGGGUGCUCAAAAAAUUUGUAUUAUUUGUAAAUUACAAUAUAUAAUGAUGACAAGAGAAUAUUAACAAAUAAAUAAAUCGAAUUUUCAAUCAUUCAUACAAGAUGAAAGAAAUUUUCCAGAACAAUAUUUUAAAAGAAAAAUAUAUUAUGAGAAAAAUCAUGUAGAAUUUAUUAUUUUGAUAAUUUUUUUUUUUAUUAAUUUCAUUAAUAUUUAGUAACAAUAGCUUUUAU